AUGAAUGUUUUGGGGGUUUUACAUCUGGUUCUAUUAGUUAGAUCUUGCAUAGCUACCUUAACCGACUCACAGGUUGAGGGAGGAGAUGGAGGAACGAAAACAAUUGCUAAAUCCACCAAAGAACUCGUAGUUCCAAUUACCCUAGAUUUGGCUGAGGUGAAUACAAAUUCUGUUGAUGUUCCAGCUACUACUGUGCAAGAUGGCAUAAGUACAACCUACUACUACCCAAAGGAGAAAUUCUACUUUAAUAAGAUAGUUGAUGGAGGCAGGACUGUAUGGGAGUCUACUGAAGAGAAGUGUUCUCCAGCGUAUACUAUCUCAAAGGGUGAUAUAACAUUUCUUGCUCUCUUGCUAAAGAAGUCUGAUGAUGAGACUGAGUUAAUAUACUACGAAAAGAAGAAUCUAAGGUGGAAGCUCAUAGAGAAGACAAAGUGUGAGAAGAUGAUAGAGGAAUUAAAGAUGCAACCUGAGCAACCAGCUGUAAAAACCGUCGAUCUGGAUCUUUCAUAUGUUGACUCUAUAACAUUCUCUGUAGAAGAAUCUGAGGAGGAUAAGGUUCCUCUCAAGAAAUUUGCCGUUAAAACUGAUCAUCACCUGAAUGAAAUAAAUAAUGGAGAUUCUGAACUUUGGAAAUCGGAAUCUCCGAACAAACAUUGUACACUUGUCACGGUAUACUUUGAGGGAGAGAAUCCCAUGCUAACAUCCUUAUCACUUAACCAAGGAUUUGUUUAUUUACAAAAUAAAGACGGUAAAUGGGUUGGUGUUUCUAAGGAUGGCUAUGAUGUUGCACUGACUGAGAUGAAGAAACUAGCUUCCUUACCCAAAGCCAGGACUGUCGAAUUAGAUGUCUCUGAUGUAGACGAUAGUGCCUUUACGGUUAAGGAGGAAACCGUUGAGGGACUACCUCUAAAGACUGUUACUCCAAAGAGUGACUUUCACAUAUCCUCUGUUAUGGAUGGAGAGAAGGAAGUUUGGAAGGGUCUAGAUAAAGAACACACUCCUAAGGUAAUGAUCUACUAUGAUGGAGAAUCCCCUGCAUCAGUAGUUGUAAACUUUGUAAAGGCUGAUGGAAAGAAUGUUUUGAAAUAUCAUAAUAAGCAGGGUGAUAAAUGGAAUGUAGUAAAGAAGGAAGAUCGUGAAAAGCUCUUGAAGGAGUUCAAGGCUUCAGAAGAUAAUAAAGAUAAAGAAUCCUCAGAGAACCUUCCUUCUCCUGGGUUGAUUCUUGACAUUGGCCGACCAGAUUCCACAAACUACCAGUCCUUUGACUAUAACAAGGAUGGAAUUCCUACAAGAUUCAUUAUGCCAAAGGAUGAUAACGUAAUAACUUCAGUCAAGGAAGGUUCUUUAGAAGUAUGGAAAGCUUCUGGAGAUAAUGACACAUGCGCAUUUGUAACUCUUCGUCUGAGCGACGGCAAACCCGUAGUUGCACAACUAACUAAAAAUGCUAAUGGACAUCCAAUGGUUAUAUUUGUAAAGAAAGAUGGUACAUGGAAGCCUACAAAUGAUUAUUCGGCAGAACUUAAGAAGCUCCGAAUAACUCCAAAGUCUGUAAUAGGUUUUACUCUCGAUAUUUCUGCUACUAAGGAUACUGACAAGUGUACCAUCUUUGAUACCAAACUUUAUGGAGUCCCAGUCCGUUUCUAUGUUCCAAAAGUUGGUUUUCAUGCUACAAAAUUGUCCUUUGGAGGAACUGAGCUCUGGACAAAUGCUCCUGAAUCGAAUAAGAGAAUCUUCCUUUUAAUAGCCGGGUUGAGUAAUGGAGAAUUGAAUAUCAUUCAUGUAUUCACAAGGGGUCAAAGCAAUGGCUCUGAGUUGUUAUAUUACGAAUGCAAAGAUGGUAACUGGCAGAAUAUCCAACGAGAUGAAUAUAGCAAGAAGUUUAAGGAGUUGAAGAAAUAG